UCUAAAGUUGUUCUUUAUUCUAUGCUUCUCCGUUGAACUCUUCUUUGCCAGGCGGCGAGACUCUACACGGUCGUCACUACACAGCAGCGCUGUCACCGUUUCGUCCUUAGAUCGGUCCCUUUUAGCUGGACAAUUGUAAUCGAAGUCGGUCAUUCGGAGUUUUCCCUGAAGCGAUUUGAAGUUUGCGAUGAAAUGCACACUGACGUUAGAUGAUGACGGAAUAGAUACUUUAAUAUGUACAGUAUGUGAUGGGCGACCAGCGUUGCAUGCAACGGCAUAGCGUCGUCCGAAACCAACGAACGCAGCGUGAGGUCCCAUUAGCUAGUCGGUCUUCAAGCCUAAACAGAGUUCGUGAGACGUGUUAUUCGCUUUCGUUGUCGUGCGAGUCGCGUCGGCUGGGACUUGUCGGCGAUGCUGCGUGCAGUGGGAAGGUAUUAGAAGCCCCUGUUAUGAACGUCAAGCUUCCGCCUCGACAUGUGAUGCGCGGGCUGAAGUUAUGAACCCCAUCAUUGAUGGACAGCAACCUUCUUGGCGCCUUUGGGGUGAAGAGAAAAGUGAUGGAGCAGUCUACACUGUUUACCUUAAGAAAGUACGGUACCAUCCAAGUAGCUCUCUCAGUCGACACGACUCGGAGGACUCAGUAUCCCACUUGGAAUGGGAGACUGUGCGUGUGCGAGUCAUCAAAGCAGGGCCCCUGGAGGCCAUCGUGGCCAACCUGGCAGACGACGAAGGAGGCCUUGAACCAACAAAUGUCAAUGUGUUCCUGGCUACUUAUCGCUCAUUUGCUACCCCUCAGCAAGUGCUGGAUGCCUUCCUGGCCAGGUUUCGGGAGCUGAGGAACCGGGAUGGUGCAAAGGGCCUCAGCGCAACAUCUCAGCGACAUCACCAGUCAUUGGUACAGACUCUGGUGGUGUGGCUGGACAUGUAUCCGGAGGACCUGUAUGAGCCACCACAGUUCUCAGUGCUGCACCAGCUGGUUACUCUGGCUCAGGCACAGCUGGAACCAGGUUCUAGCCUGGAGUUAAGAGCUAAGCACCGACUGCAGCAGUUCAUUGCAAGGGAUCCUGAGAAAGAUGGACCAUUUUUCAAGCCACCCCCUUGGAGUGUGGUAUUUGGGAGCAGUUGGCCAGGAGCACAGGCCAGGGCCCAGGUGGCUGGAGGACCUCUUUGGUUGCAGGACUUGGAUGAAGAACACAUCGCCUGCCAACUAACUUGGAUGGAUGCGGACCUGUUUCGGCGCCUGGUACCGCACCAUUGCCUGUCUGCCAUGUGGCGCAAGCGGGGUGCCCGGGACUGGGCAGGCAUUGUGCACAACACAGCCACAGCCACUGUGCAGCAAUUCAAUGCAGUCUCACGCCGUGUCACAUCAACGCUGCUGUGGGAACGCUGGGACGAGAGCAACCGAGUCCGCCUACUUGCUAAGUGGAUUGGUGUAGCCCAAGAGCUGCGGCUGCUUAAGAACUUCUCCUCACUCAAGGCUGUCAUUGCAGCACUGCAAAGUAACGACAUCUACCGGUUGUCUAGUGUGUGGGCUCGAGUGGCUCCAGAUAGACUACAGACCUUCCUGGAGCUCGCACGGAUUUUUUCCAGUGAUGACCACAGGCUUUCCUGCCGCGAGCUCAUGCUGAAGGAGGGAACAGCAAAGUUUGCGGACACAGUAGGUGACGAUGACCGGCAGCUUCAGAAAGCAAUGCAGCGACAACAGGCAGCAGGCUCGCCUGGCACAAUGCAGGGUACAGUACCUUACCUGGGCAUCUUUUUGACGGAUUUGACCAUGCUAGAUGCCGCUCUUCCUGAUGAGCUGCCUGGAGGUCUGCUCAAUUUUGACAAGAGGCGUCGUGAGUUUCGUGUCCUGGCACAGAUAAAGCUUCUCCAGAGUGCUGCUAACUGCUAUAGCCUCCAGCCAGAUCCUGCAUUUGUGGCUUGGUUUGAAACACUGCCCAUGCUUUCGGAUGAACAAAGUUACCGACUGUCCUGUAAAGUGGAGCCAGCUAGCAGUCCCAAGAGAAGCCCUUUGAGUUCUUCAGGCAAUGCCGUUGAUGGGGACACAGCAUCGCUUACCAGCACUAGCAGCCAGCCCCAGAGUGGUGGCUCUCAAGAAAGCUUACGUCGAAAUGGGUGGACCCAGCAGCGCCCAUGGCAAAGCACUGGAAAUCUGCAGAGCAUGAUGAGUGCAUGCCCACCACCUACACCACCUCAUGAUCCAGACUUAAAGGUCAUCAGAGUCAGCCUGGAUUCUACACUGGCAGCAGGUCAGGGCAGUCCAACUGGCAUGAACCAAGGCACCACACUUUACAAGAGCAUAUUGCUCAGCAAUGGGGACCAUACACCAACAGUGGUGCGUAAUGCCCUGGAGAAGCAUGGCCUAGAGGGCGACCCUGACGAGUAUGAGCUGGCCCAGCAGCUUCCAGAUUCUGAAAUAGUUUUUCCGCCUUCAGCCAACGUCUUCUAUGCACUCAGCACAGCUCAUGCCCUGAACUUCAUUCUUCGCCAGAAGAAGAGCGAGCCAGCCUCCCCUGUCAGCUCCAAAAAGUCACGCAAGCCCUUUCAGCUCAAGUUGAAGUUGCCAAGUGGCACCUGAACCAAUUUCUACCAUUCAGAAAGGAUUGCUUGCAUUGCUCCAAAUGAAGGUACAUCUAUUGUUCAGACACCAUGAACUUAAGCAAUACAUGGUAAUGCACAAGUCAUCCUUUUGUAGAGCAUCCAGUCAGCAAAGACACCGUCUGGGAUGUGAAAUCAAACAAGCUUAUAUUCUUUGAGGUGACCUUUGGUGAUGCAUUGCUUGAAAAAGAAUUUAAGCAAGUUUUACUGCUGCUGAACUUUCUAAAGAUGUGGCUCACAAAAUUGUGGAAAGUUAAUUACUGCAGUCAGCUGUGAUGUCUAAAAGCAUCGAAACAUGGCAUUUGUGACGUUUGUCAUUUCAACAUACUUUGGUGUUGACCUUAGUGCCUUCUUGGCUCUGAAAGCAUGUUGAAAAUGGCGUGUGCCAAUGAGUAUUGUAUUUUUAUAUGACACGUAAAUCAAGCUUCAUGCAUACAGUUAUGGCACUCUAAAGCACCAGGUAGUGCAGCAUUCUUAUUAAGCAAUUGUUCAUCUUGUGGUCAGAAGUCAUAAGAAAUUUGAGGGUAAGAAAAGACAAUAAUGACUUUCAUCUGCCAUUUUUCCUUCCAUGUGGCCAGAUCGACCUUAAUGACAAAGACCUUUCUACACCAUUUAAUGUUUUAAGUGCCCAACACUUUUUUUCAGUUAUGCCAAGUUAUUUUCCCUUGACCAUUGUUUUUGUUGUUAGAACUGUCCAAGGGUCAGUGGCUUGUGGCAAAACAGCAGGGAACCAUUAUUAAUCUGCAAGCUUCGCCACCCUUUAUUAUUUCAUGCUGUAACAUAUUUUGCAUGUUCUUACAUUUCAGAGUCUAUUUUCUGUUGCACUAUAUUGAAGUGUGUCAAUGCAACUAAGCAAAUUGUGCAACUUUGCCUGCCUUAUUACAUUUUUUUUCUUUCCGUUUCAUCUUGUGAAGUCCUCUGUACAUAGUAUUCUUUUUUCUUAAUUGUUGUCACCAUUUUAACAAGUUUUUCUGCUCUUAAUUUUUGGCCUGGUCCCAGACCAGAGCAACAAAAUCAAUGCUCACUACACACAGUGAUAAGUGUUUUGACUGUGUGAGAAAAUGGUAACAUCGAACAAUCGCGGGACUUGAGGCAUUCCAGAACUUUACCACUACCUGCCCCAGUACUAGUGCAUAUCAUGAUGAACUAUAGCUUCCUUUUUAUGAACUGAAGGUAUUAGUUUCUUGUGUGUUGGUGUGGUCAUCUUGAAGGAAAACUUCGAUUUGGUUACACAUCAAGAAGGCAGGGCCUUUUAUCGACACUCCCGAGUGCCUCUUAAGCCCUUAUUUUACACUAUUGCCUUGUGGUAGCUCCAACUCCUUUAUAUUAUACUCUCUGCAGUUCUGCAAGCUGGCAGGCACAUUAUAAGCAGAAUUCUUGGUUUCAAUGUGAGGAACUUUUUUCCAAAAACGCAGUGCUUGUCUUUUUCUUAAGCUUACGACUUUUGUUUUCAUGUUGUUGCUGUGAUAUUUGGUGUUAUUGCUGGUUAUUUUCAGCUGUUUGUGUAUGUUCAUGUGUUCGUUUUUGGACAGAUUCAUUGGAGCUUCACAACUUCAUUUCUGUUUCUUUUUCUUGAUCCCUUUGGGCUGUUUCCAAAGGCUGUUUAUUGGUAGUCAGCCACUUAUCAGGGCAAAAGUACAGCAUACCAAAGAGCACAGAAAGUUGCUCUUCAUUGUACUUGUAUGACUGCUGCCUAGAGUCUGCUCGCGCUAAUUGUAUAUAUUUUGUGUGUACAGCUGCAAUUCUUUAUUCUUUUUUUUUCUGACGUAACAUAAACAGGAGGCAUCAAGCAGCUCAAAGUUGCUUCUUCUUUAUUGUAGUACCACAGUUGUGGAGCAACUCUUGAAUUUGAUUGAUGCUGCUAUAUGCUCUCGGAUGCAGUGAAGCUGGCUGUGUACAAUUAUUGUUUGAAUCAGCAUUGCUUAUUGCUUACACUAAGUUGUAGUUUAAAGGAAUAUCUUUUCCUCUCUAAUAAUUAUUCGGGUACUAUAUAGUUUAAGUAUGUUUGAGAAUGUGAACAAAAGUAAUAAAUAUAAUCAUGCAUUUUUUGGAAAGGCACAAAUGGAUACAGAACUGUAUAUUUGGAAAGCUUUUCUAGAGAUGUUGAACCUUUUCAGAACCCUUCCUAUAAAAGUUGUCUGCAAUAAUGCAAUACAUCGAGACUUUGUCUCCUUGCGGCUGUAUGUUUGCUGCCAUCAAGCCCAUGUUCCCACCAUCUGUGUGCUUACAAACUUGGGGCACACACCACUGCAAGGGUUGGACAGCACACGGAAAGUGAUUCGUGUGGCCUUAAUUUUUCAACAAGUAACUUUUACUGUUUUUCUUGCAUGUUUUAUUAAGCGGAGUCACUCAAGGUCACAGAUCACACUGCGUCUGUGCAGUGUAUAUAUUCUUUGGCUCCCUGCACAUUACCACACUUCUGAAUGGCUUGUUUGCAACAGCACAGGCAGCUUGUAGCAGUCAUUUUGCACUCGACUGUCAUAUACAUGAACCAGGUGUGGAAUGUGUUUUGCUGUGGAACCAGUAUUAAUAACAGCCAGCAGUCAGAUGCAGCCCUUUCUGUCUUCCGGGCAUAUGUGACCUGGUACUUCUCAUCCACAGUUAAAUGUUAGGUGCACACUUCCCCGCGUGCCUUUUGUGCUUUGUGAUAAUUUCGUGGGCAUCACAUUGUGCGUGAAAGAAUAAACCUUGUCAACAAUCA